AUGGCGGCCAUUCUGUCCAUCCACCUUCCCUUUGAGGCAGUUGCGGCCAUCCAGCAAGACCACGAUGCGGAGCUUGACCGCCUACUCGACAAUCUUUCCUUCAAGCCAACCGGCAGCGUCCAAAUCACCCAGGAAGUCAUGCGUUCUGUGAGAGCAAGCAUCCGCGAUCUGCCGUGCACAAUCGUGGCGAAGAAUCCUGUCCUCUCAACCGCCACUCCUGCUUCUAGUACCGCCGCGGCACCGCACGCUACGGUUGAGUCUGAGUACUCGUUAGAUGAUCGGGUUGUUGAUUCCUCGUCCGCUUGGGCUUCGCCGGUUCACACUCCAGCCUUGCCGGUAUACCACGAUAGUGACAUCCCACCGGCUCCGAAAGUGGCGUGGUCUGGUUCCACGUACGGCGAUCCUGUACCGCCUGCUGAGCGCAAUGAGGCGCGUUGCCAUUCCCCUGGCUACUACAGCCGUUUGUCAGAGGAGAUGCAUGAGCGCCUGGACAGGAAGGCUGGUGACAGGGAUCAAAUGACAUGGGAUGCAGGCUCUUCCAGUCGCCAUCUUCGAGAAAAGUUCGAUCUUUCACCGCCCUCGAACUUCGAAAUCUUGAACAUGAAGCACGUCAACUUCACUAUCCGCGAUCUCAUGAAGCGAGAUGUUGCGCUCAGGGCCAAAUGCAGCGACCGUUUCAGCUCGGUGAUGGAGCCAUACGGAGCCCACCUUCGCAUGGACGCUCAUCAGUUGUUGUAUACCAGGGAAGAUGGCUCGGGCAUCGCGUUAUUUGACCGCUUCGAUGAUAUCGGGAUCGUUGACGGUACCGUCAUCCUCGCCCAACCCUACCCUCACAAGGAACCCGAUGUUGAAGUCGAGCAGAUCAGCAUCACCUUCCGCACCAACGGGGCCGAGGAUGAGGACAUUACCAUCAAUAAGAACGCAACCUGGAGGGCCAUCUGGGACGACUUGGCAGAUCGAUUAGGCAUCGACAGUUACUGGCCUUCUAAGAUCGAGUCUGUCAGCAUCAGCAGCAGUUGCGGUGAGUACUGCAGCAUAAAGUCCAGCGAGGUUGAGAAUGGCACCUACAUCGUUCUCAAGUCGUGGGAAGCGAUGAGGACUUUCCUCGAGUGCAAUGACAUGGCCGAGGCGCCUAUUAGGGAUCUCGCCAUCAAAGAGGGUUCGCUUGUCAGGUUCAAGCGUAAGGCGUUGCGCAUGACACUCUGCAUCGUCGAUACUAUGAAUCGAUUGAGUCACCUCUACCUCUGGGACACGGCUACUAUUGAGGACCUGGAGUUCGAGUACGUUGAGGCCGCCGGCAUUGGUGAUGCCACGGUCGGGUUCACCCUCAACGGCGAGCCGCUACAGACCAGUAAUAAGCAGCUGCGAGACGUGGGCAUCAACGAGACUUCUGCUCUGAGAGCUUUCCUGGUUUCCAUGCCGGAAUACCAACUUCCAGAACCAUGCUGA